AUGUUCUCUCGUUUCAGCUCAAGACGCUCUACUGUGUACUCAAAGAAAGGCAUGGUUGCAUCUACGCAGCCAUUGGCCAACGCAGCAGGUUUAAAAGUCCUUGAAAAAGGAGGAAACUGUGUAGACGCUUCAGUAGCCGUUCUGGCAGCAUUAUGUGUGGUGGAACCAGGAUCCACAGGAGUUGGAGGCGAUUGUUUUGUGCUUUAUUAUGACAAGGACGAAAAGAAGGUCCAUGGUUUAUCUGGGCACGGGAAACUGCCCCAGAAACUCUCAAUUGACGUGGUGAGAGAGAGAGCACCUGAAAUCAAGGGUCCUCGGUUACCCUUGACCAGUGUACACGCUAUCACGGUUCCUGGCGCCAUUGGCGGCUGGAUAGACGCUGUUGAAAAAUGGGGCUCGGGAAACGUAACAUUGGAGGACAUUUUUCUGCCAGCAAUUGAGUUGGCUGAAGGUGGGUUUGCAGUGUCGGCAAUUUCUGCACAAAUGUGGCACGAUGCACUGGAAAAGUUGAUCAAACAAAGUGGCAAGAACGCCGAUGUCUUUUUGAAUGCUGACGGUUCCUUCUGCAAAACAGGCGAUGUGUUCACCAACAAGCCGUUGGCAAAAUUGUUCAGAAAGGUGGCCCAGGAAGGCAAGAAGGGAUUCUACGAAGGAGACGUGGCUGCAAAAAUCGUACAGAAAGUUCAGGAGAAAGGAGGCGUGAUGGAGUUGGACGAUUUGAAGAACCACACGUCAUUAGAUGUGGACCCCUUGAGCAUGGACUUUGAGGGCAAGUAUCUCUGGGAAAUUCCACCAAGUGGACAGGGAAUCGUCGCUCUUUUGGCUCUUGGGUACAUCAAAGAGCUUGCUAAAGUUAAACACAUCGACUUAAAAGCCUUGAAGCACAAUUCUGCAGAGUACUUGCACUUUGUGACCGAGGCAGUGAAACUUGCCUUCUACGACUCCGAGGAGUUGGUCGCCGAUCUCGAGUUCCACCCAGAAAUCGAUGUCAAAAAGGCACUUAGUGAGGAAGCACUUGCAGAGAGAGCAAAACUCAUCAAAAAAGACAGCGUCUUGCGUCGUGAACAGAUAGAAGGAGAGCACGUCAAGGGCCCAGUUCCAAACCCCAUGUAUAAAGGUGACACUGUGUAUUUCACCGUCACCGACAAGGAUGGAAACGCCUGUUCGUUCAUCAACUCUGUGUUCACGUGUUUUGGCACCGGUAUCAUUCCAAACGACUACGGUUUUGCCCUACAGAGCCGUGGAGGCAAUUUCAAUCUCACCCCAGGCGCUAUCAACAGUUUGGAAGGCGGCAAGAGACCUUACCACACGAUUAUUCCCUCACUUAUCACUCAGCUCAACGAGUCUCAGCAGCACGAGCUCUACGCUUCUGUCGCUUGCAUGGGAGGAUGGGCCCAGCCGCAAGCACAUGUCCAAAUUUUGCUCAAUAUGGUUCUUUUUGGAUUCGAUGCCCAGGAGGCGCUUGAUGCCCCACGCUUUUGUCUUGAGCCCAAUGAGCAGCACAGGCAUUUGGAUGUAGGCAAAGGUUCGGGGGGUCCAGUGUCUACUCCACACACGUUGGUAAAACUCGAGGAAGGGAUCGAUAAGGAAGUUGUAGAAGAAUUGCGCCAGAUGGGCCAUUGCGUGGAGUACGUGACAGGAUGGAACAGAGGUACUUUUGGGCGGUCUCAAUGUAUUAAAAAUGAGGCCAAGGGUGCCGAUAUUGUGUGGUCAGGAGGCUCUGAUUUGAGAGGUGACGGUGCCGCCGUUCCUCAAAUAUAG